AUGAAGAGUUAUAGACAGAAACAACAAACCCUUAAAAAGAUUCCGAACAGUCUCUACUCAAUUCCAGGAAUUAGCCAUAUUGCUUCAGGUUUAGGUGCUCCUAUGGCUACUUACAAACCAAGACUUGACCCUUCUCUAAUGGGUGAGGCUAAGAUCUUGGUGGAAGUGGAGUUGAGUAAAGCAUUCCCUCCUAGGAUUGCAGCUGUGGAUAAAAAGGGAAACAUAUCUAUGGUUGAUGUUGAAUACGCUUGGGUUCCUGUUCAGUGUGGAGAUUGUGGACAGUUAGGACAUAAAGCUUCCCGUUGCAUGAACCAAAAGUUGCCACAUCAAAAAGCCACCAAAGUUGUCUCUAAUGAGGUCAAUGCUCCUGCCAAUGUUAGUUUAUUUACCGCCCUAGCUCUAGUCUCUCCAAUCAAUCUUCAACAUGAAUCCACGAAUGUUGUCAUUCAAGAAGGCUCCAAAGUCCAAGACGAUGAAGUUGCAGUCACAAAAGAUAGUGAUGUUCUUAGUGACCGAGAGGUAAGAAGUGUCUUUGCUAAAAAUAAGUUUAACCGUUUGGGCUCUUAUUUUUCAGAUGGGGAUUCACUUCCCUCAGAUGGAGAUUUAGUUGAUGCAGAGGAUUCUGAUAGUGAAUCUGAAAUGAUGGACCAUAUGCCUCCUUCCGGACAAAGAUUACUGCGAGAGAGACCGGUUCAACCUUCCAUUAAAGCUAAAGAGACACAAGAGUCUUUUAUUGCUCGAGGGAGAGGACAACGGGGACGUAGAUCACGUGGUCAUGGGUGCUGUGGACGCGGGCACCGGGGACGUGGCUAGAUGUCUCUUCGAUGUUUAACAAAGCCAACCGGAGCGGAAGAUUCGGUUACUAUCUAUGGGUCUGCUUGUAUUAUUGGCCUAUUUCUAUACUGCUUUUGUAG